CUUCAAAGCCCUUUCAUGAUAGCUUCAUUUGGCAACAGAAUCAGAAGUCCAAAAUGACCUCAAAGGCGUAUGCCCAAAGUGCUUUUUUUACCUCGACCACGCCUGAGGCCUCCGAUGCCGCCUCCGCGAAGCGCAAGCGUAUCAGCGUCUACGACGCGGUGGCAGGUAUGUUAUCCGCCUCUUGUACCAUUUGAGCCUCAUUGAUAUUCCAUAGGCCGUAUAUCAGCACAUGGAAGCUUCAUACCCAAACAUCCGGUAGUUGCGUCCACAGUCGAUACUGUUCCGUCUUUCACCACUGCAUCAGCUCCCGAAGAAGUUCUCUUCCGUCGGAAAAACGCGCCAACACGAUUCGCUGAACACGAUAUCUACUUUGCCAACGAUCGUGACGUUCAAGCUAACGAUUUACCGGAAUCAGAUCUGUUGAAGGCUCUCCAUGCCUAUACGUCUGAUUUCUACUCCCGUGCUUCUCCAGAUGGCGGUUCUAUAGACUGGAGGAGUUUGGAUGAGACCGCCUUGAUAGCUCUGGGCAUCUUGAUGGAAGAAGCCUCCCAUCUCGCAAAAACAUCAGAUUUGGCUCUGACUGAAGGAGAAACUGUCGGAUUGCCCGCUCAAUCGGCAAAAAGCGAUAGCCGUCUCCAUGAGACGAUAACGGCGCCGCCUGGGCCACCAGAGAGGUCAAAGAAGAAAAGGCGAAUUGAUAUAGAUGGAGUCAUCGAUUAGAUUCAUGCCUUCGAGAUUUGACUCAGCCCAAGGCAUAUUGGCUCUAUUUCGACCCCGGAUACUGGGUCGUUGGGACCUUUUUUUACUUUUGCUCCGUGGAAGUCACUUGACAAUCCAAUUCUUGAUCAGAUUCUAUAUCGUUGCUGUCUUCCCUCCUUGUCACAACAACGGUCACCAGUCACCCGCGCCACUUUGAACCUAUGGUGGCUUUGCAUCUGUUCCAGACACGAUGAUUCAAUUCUAUCAUUUUCUACUCCGUAUGGUUAAAUGAUGAAAUUCGAGCUUUGAGGUAAGCUUACAUGGGUAUUUACCGUCACGAGAACCCGAACUUACCAGUCGAAUAUAGCAACUCAAGGAUCAAUACAGUUCAAGGACUUGCAUCGAAAAUUUAAAACCGAACUUUGAUCAAAAAAUACACAAGGAGUGUGUUACUUCGUACUACGUAGUACAUGACGUGUGUUCAGGAACAAACGUCGAACUUCUUUGGGGAUUUUAGAGUUAAGAGGUUCGGCUCGCUAUCGUCAAUUGCCACAAAAUAAGACCGAUUCUACAGUACUGUACUGCACACGUUCCAUCGUCUGACCACAUGGGCAACGUGGCUCUUAGUGGCCCUAGCCUUCCAGACGAUAGGACUGAGAUUGACUUUUUGUCCCUGGACUCACUAAGGUCUAGGUUCGUUGAUUUUUGGACUCCGAUGACUGUUCCCUUGAACUGUUGAACACCGUAUCAGAAAGCAUGUUCACGAAGUACAAAGUACAAGUAUGUGGUACUGAAUAUGGGACAAAAAAGCCUGGUCGUGUAUUACAAGUCCUGAUGUCAAGAUGAUAUCUUGGUGGCGGUUGUGGCUGGUAUCUACAAAAUCGUAACACUUCAGAUUUCACGGCUGUAGUCGGACAGCCGCAUGAUGGCCACUCUUCCCUUGGUCAUGUGUGCUAAUGAUCGCCUUUCUUAGUGUCCCGAGAAGGCAUGUUUAGAGUUUGAAGACGAACUGUCACUGUUUGUUAAAUUAAACCGGGCCCAUCAUAUUGUGGAACCGGAGAAAGCUAUCACACACGCAUAAGUCUGAAGACUUGUUUAUGCAAAGAAGAAAAACUCCUCGGGAAACUGUCAGAUUCAGAACGCAGAUGGACGAUCGCAGAAAUAGAAUGAAACUCUUCACUGGAGACCUUAAAAGGCGAUCUUAAGUCGGUGCCAAACCAUCGUUCAAGAUCUCAAGAGAGGAUCUUAGUUCGUGCGAAACAAUUAUUCAAAUGGCGGUCAACCAACCCAGCCCAGCCUCAGUUCACGACAACAUUGAAAGUUCACGCGCAAUACUUCAUACUUCUAAUACUUCGUAUCAAGGAAUCAUCACUAGCGUACCAGACACAUUUCUUUGGGGCUUCUGGAAGCUUUUAGGACCGAUAAUAAUUUCGAUUUUCAUUGCACGAACCAAAUUUCUUUCUCCGAAAUUAUGGAGUAACAUUUUAUAUGCCGGCCGCCUCAAAGGUUGAAAAUCUGGAUGUCGAACAUUAUUGCUUAUCGAUAACGUAAAUCCGCAUUGCCUCUAGGCUGGCGGUGAAAUAUAGUUUUAUAAAGGUCUUUAAGCGGCCCCCUCACCUCAGCGGUCAUCGGCGGGGCAUUAAUACUGCAAGUGGGAUUUUAGAUCAAGCGACAUCAUUUUGGGGGAUUUUUUUUAGCCCACCACAAUAAUGCCACUCUUCUCACCGCCUCCGUAAGAAACUGCAUGACGCUUAUCUUCUCUGAGUGUUAACAGGUAGAUCUAGUUGAGGCAGUUUCUCAUGUCACAGAGGUGUUCGCUUGAACGAGACACGAGGUGAAGUUGGAAAAUUUCGCAUUUACUUACGGCUUGUUUGUACUCGUAUGGUGCGUAUUCCAGGCCGUAUAUGCAGCCUGUGAACGAAUUUUAGUAUAAUUCCAGGAACGCCUUUGUGAUUGGGCAUUAUUUUUCCAGCUACGGAAACGACCACUGGAACUACCGCCCCUCCAUUUCGCAAAAUGUUGCUUCCCAUGUGCCGACUGGGCGAAUAAUGGCGAGACCUGUUUUUGAAUUUUGAAUCGCUGAGAAGAAUCUCAAGUGUCUCACUGUCUCUCUUUACGGCAUUCGAUAUAAACACAAAAAGCCUACAACCUCGGCUGCUUACUUUCCCUCCUUGUGAGAUCGCGACGACUUCUUUACGACUCUAUGAAUGCCCCCAGAGUAUUCAGCAGCAGUAUCACUCAGCCCACAAACUGAACCAACUUUUUUGGUGAUCUCAAAAUACACGACAUUCGUACCUGAUGAUUGCGUUUGAAUGUCUUGACAAUCCACUCUUCUAG